GAAACUCAGUAUAAGAAAGCAGAACAGCAUUUGCUUCAUACGCCUUUCAUGGGCUGAACGAACGACUGCCUCGAUCGAUCGGAAGACAAUGAGCUGAGUUUCCUUCCAAACAGAGCUGACACUGGAAACCAUGAACGUGACAGUGGUGAAGGACUCCAAUGGGUCUGAGCGGUGCCCCAGAGACCUGAAGACCGCACAGCUGGUGUUCCCGGCCGUCUACACCGUUGUUUUCUUCACGGGUAUCCUGCUGAACACUUUGGCCCUGUGGGUGUUCGUCCACAUUCCCAGCUCCUCCACCUUCGUUGUAUACCUCAAGAACACUCUGGUGGCUGACUUGAUAAUGACGCUCACACUUCCAUUUAAAAUCCUCUCCGAUGCGCGGCUCGGACCCUGGCAGCUCAGAGCCUUCGUGUGUCGUUUUUCUGCUGUUAUCUUUUAUGAUACCAUGUACGUGGGCAUUACACUGCUGGGGCUCAUAGCCUUUGACAGGUUCCUCAAGAUCAUCAGACCUUUCGGAAAAUUCUUCGUACAAAAACCUGCUUUUGCCAAAGGGGUCUCAACCUUCAUCUGGCUCUUUCUGUUCCUCCUCUCGCUGCCAAACAUGAUCUUGAGCAACAAGGAAGCAACACCAUCUUCUGUGAAAAAGUGUGCCUCCUUAAAGGGUCCUCUGGGGCUGAAAUGGCAUGAAGCAGUGAAUUACAUUUCCCAGUUCAUCUUCUGGACUGUUUUUGUCCUAAUGCUUCUCUUCUAUACGGUCAUUGCAAAAAAGGUGUAUGAUUCUUACAGGAAGUCCAAGAGUAAGGACAGCAAGAACAACAAAAGGCUAGGAGGUAAAGUGUUUGUUGUCGUGGCUGUCUUCUUUCUGUGUUUCGCCCCGUUCCACUUCUCCAGAAUCCCAUAUACUCACAGUCAAACCAACAGUAAGACUGACUGUCAACUGCAAAAUCAAUUGUUCCUAGCUAAGGAAACAACUCUCUUUCUGGCAGCAACUAACAUUUGCAUGGAUCCCUUAAUAUAUAUAUUCUUAUGUAAAAGAUUCACGGAGAGGAUACCGUGCAUGAAAGGGAGACAGACUGCAGCAUUCACUCAGGAAAAUCAGACAAGUCAGUCGGACAAUAUAACGCUAGGGUGAUAACUCUAUCAUGGUUAACUAUUUAUUGAUGAGACUUCAAAUGACAAUUUACUUGGGAAUCAAACCUAGGCAAUGAAAAAAAAAUGGAUUAGAACAAAAGUUUUGUUACUUUUUUACUAUCCUGGUUUAUAGAAAGGAUCAUGUCAACUUUAAUUCCACUGCAAUCUCUCCGUAGCAGAAUAAAGCCUUAGUAGGAGGAAGCACAAUAGGAAGCAAAUGGUGGCCACCAGAGGUCACCUUUUCAAGAGCAUUCACUUCCACUUUGGAAAAGGUGUAUUAUGGGGAAAUGUAUGUUUCUAAAAACACGUAUUUUUUUAAGUAUAAAAAAAUAUAUUCCUUCACUCUAAAA